CCCUAUAUAUCCUUCAAACGCUUCACUUAUCAUUUAGGUUUUGUUUUGGAGGAAAUAUGUGAUAAUUAGCGUUGGCAUUAACGUUAUACCCAACGUAAUAUUACAUUAAUCAGCAUUAAUGUUCAACAUCAACUAUUUGUUUUAUGAAAACGAGCUCGUUUGUUCGCUCUUAAUUACUCUAACCCAGUUUACAAAGGUUGGCCACCUGUCCCUGCUUUCUAUAAUGCCCCAGAGUUUGCAGCAUCAGCAGUGAACGUGAUGGCAGCCCAGUCGGUUUCCAUGGACAAGUACCCAAAGGGAGAGCAGCAGAUGCAAGGUGUAGUAAAGGUAGACGGCGAUUCCGAGCAGAAGUUUAUUGAGGGGACGUUGGCAGAGGCGCCCAGCCCGAUACCCACAGAGCCACAGACACCCAUGGAUGCGGACAAAGCCUCCAUAUAUCGGCAUCCCCUGUUCCCUCUCUUGGCCCUGCUGUUUGAGAAGUGUGAACAGUCCACGCUGAGCUCUGAUUGCAUCACCUCGGCCAGCUUUGACGUGGACAUUGAGAACUUUGUCCGCAGUCAGGAGAAGGAAGGCAAACCCUUCUUCAGCGAGGACCCUGAACUUGACAACUUGAUGGUGAAAGCCAUCCAGGUGCUGCGGAUCCACCUGCUCGAGCUGGAGAAGGUGAGUGACCUGUGUAAGGACUUCUGCAGCCGCUACAUCGCCUGCCUCAAGACUAAGAUGAACAGCGAGACUCUGCUGAGUGGAGAUCCAGGGAGCCCCUACUCCCCCAUACAAGGCCAGGUUCAGGGCUUUUCCCCCACCAAGACUCUGGUAUGGACUACCCCCAGCUCCAUCUCAGGGACUAUCAGUCCUCAGGGUCAAAUUGUGGUGCCAGCGUCAGCUCUGCAGCAAGGGAACGUUACAGUGACAGCAGUCAACCCCACCCAGGUGGUCGCAGGUAUGUCGCCAUGGCAUACAACCGCUCCCUCAGGUGGCACGGUGUAUCAGCCUGUUACAGUCGUCACUCCUCAGGGCCAGGUGGUAACACAGGCUCUAUCUCCUGGGACAAUACGCGUCCAAAACAAUCAGCUGCAGCUGCAGUUUCACCAGGACCUGAACCUCUUUAAUCACGACGACAACUCAACUAAGAACAAACGCGGCGUUCUACCCAAACACGCCACUAAUGUCAUGCGCUCGUGGCUCUUCCAGCACAUCGGGCACCCAUAUCCAACAGAGGAUGAAAAGAAACAGAUCGCCACUCAGACAAACCUGACACUUCUGCAAGUCAACAACUGGUUUAUAAAUGCACGGAGGCGGAUCCUGCAGCCCAUGUUGGACGCCAGCUCCUCGGAGACCCCAAAAGCCAAGAAGAAGACCCCACAAAACCGGCCACUGCAGCGCUUCUGGCCGGACUCCAUCGCCACUGGGGGAGGCAACCAGCAGCAAGUGACCAUGCCUGACGGCACCAUGGUGACGAUGAACAUGGAGGGUCUGCAGAGCUUGACGUCAGACGGCGCCACACUGGCGGUACAGCAGGUGAUGCUGGGAGGCCACAGUGAAGACGAGUCGGGGGACAGCGGAGAUGAGGACGAUGACACGGACAUGGCCGGGCUGGGCCUGGACAACAGCGACUCAUUGCAGUAGAGGACACACUCCCUCACACUCUGAUCUGCACACGAGACAUGCGUAAAUAACUCGACAGGUCACCUGUGUGUUCUCAGACACACUAAAAGUCAUAGCACAAACAGACACACAAACACACAUUAGGUUUACAUAGAGCACAAAAUUACAGGACAGAACGGUCCUGCACUCUUCCAACCCUCCACCCUCCUGAACGGCGGUGUAUGCUGCGCGUGUGUACAUCAGGAGUUUCAUUUCAGAAACAGUUUUUUAAUUAUUUGGUUGAUGUAUGCGAGUGCACUUUUUUGUAUAUUUAAGCUCAACAAGAUUAAAUCAAACAAGCUGAAGAAAAAGGAAGUGUUAAAAACACUCGAAGCUAGUUUGUAUGCUCCUUUAAAUAAUGUUGACUGAUUUCUGAUUUCUUUUCUCGGCCCCUGUUCCCUCUCCCCAGUUGAAUUCUCGUUUUGGAUGCCAACAGUUUCAAGUUGUAUCUGUAAGGGUUUGUCUUUUUUGCAUGCUUGUGUUUUGAGUAGUAUGCGCACUCUUGCGACUAACUCCACGGCUCUCACAUGGGCCCUGCAGGCCAAGCAGAGCCCAAGGUGAGAGAUUGAGAAAAAAAGGAGAUGCUUAUUUUUAUAUACAAAUGUAUGAAUUUAGUGUUUUUUGUUUCAUGUCAGUGUUCUCCUGUUUUGUAAGGAAUAUUUAUGUACAGAUUCAUAAUUAAAGCUAGCAACCCUGUUUUCCAGGGUUCUUUGAAGUUUUCUAAAAAAAAACGAAAAAUGAAUUGAAUGAUGAAAAUUGCUAUUUAAAUUGGUUUUAAACGUACAAUAACAUCAAGGCCUUACCUGUGUUUUUUUUUUCUUUGUUAAAUAAUUCUUGCCAAGAAGCACAAAAAGAAAGUCUGACACUUUUUUAAAAUUGGUCAAAAGGACACUAAACUGCAGAACACAUGUUAAUAAUUUUACGUUGUGUACUGCAACAUUGCAGUAAUCUUUCACAGUAACUUUACUGCAGUGCUCUUAUUUCUUUAAAUAGAGCUCCAGUUUUAACGUCAUUGUGUAUACCAUGCAUCACAUCUUUUAUCAUUUUUACAAUAAUGCCGUCAUUUCUCAAAUGCACAAUCCAGAACACUAUGCUAAUCAAACAAUCACAAGGGUCUGAGUAACCGGUCGGAUAUUAUCAAAUCCAUCAUCAACAAGAAGCAGUGGACUUUUUGCACACGUCAAACUUUUAUUUAUGUACACAUACAUUUUACUGCGAUGAAACGGUUGGAAAGGUCCUUGUUCAUUGCCUGCCUAAAUGGACAGGGACCGCAGCCUCUGUUGGUCCCCCCUGCCACUACAUACACAUGUAGUGAAAGAUUGAAAUCUUUUUAUCAAUAUGUUGAUUACUUCACAAAUUAGGGUGCCUCUUGUUUGAAUAUCUGUAAUAUUGUACUGUACAACAAUGUCUGUCAAUAGCUGCAGCAAUCUGGUUUAUAUCCCUCUUGUAAAGUUGAGAGUUGAAAUGGUUAAUUUCAUGCAGCAUGAGCGUGCAGUGACUCUGUCGGCCCUCGCUGAGCUCUCGGUCCCCACUUGCGUCUGUCUUGCUUUCUAUGAAGCGUUGUUCACUUUUCUCUUGUCUGUUUUGCCUUAGAGCUUUCUAUUUUGGAAUAAACGAUGCCUAACUCUCUG